UUCCCAAAAAUCAAGCCUAUAUAGACCUUUUCCCUCUAGUUUUCAAUCUCCUUGAAACUCCUCUAAUGGAAGGUGGUGGGGAAGGUACUGCAUGUUGCUAUGGGAAUUCACAAAGAAACCGUUCCAUAUGUCUGCCCGGUCUUCCAUUCGCAGCCAUAGACAGGUUCCUGCAGUAUGGUGAUCAGAACCACCAUUUCUCUCAGCAGCAGGCUAAGAACCAUGCAAAGAACAAAGAAAUACUUAUUUCUAACUCCGGCUUAUGUAGCUUUACCCCUUACAGGGAUGCAAUUGGUGGUGGGUUUUCCUGUCCGAAUAUUAAUCCAGAGGUGAGCUUUGCUGACGGGUUUUUUGUGGAUGAAGAGCCUCUGAAUUGGAUAUAUGAGAAAAUCCCUAUCAUGGCCGCUGGGUUGAAACAAGAAGUGAAAGUUACUGGGAGCAAGAGUUCUAAAGGCGCGGGGAAGAAUGCUAAAAAAGGAUCUUCUGAAGCUUUAAUCAAGGGACAAUGGACAGAUGAAGAAGACAGGAAACUAAUCAAGUUGGUGAAGCAACAUGGAGUGAGAAAAUGGGCACAGAUAGCAGAGAAGCUGGUUGGAAGAGCUGGUAAGCAGUGUCGCGAGAGAUGGCAUAAUCAUUUGCGCCCAGAUAUAAAGAAGGAUAGCUGGAGUGAAGAGGAGGAGAGGUUACUGGUUGAAGCUCAUGCGAAGGUCGGAAACAGAUGGGCGGAGAUCGCUAAGUGCAUUCCCGGAAGAACAGAAAACGCAAUAAAGAACCAUUGGAAUGCCACGAAAAGAAGGCAGAAUUCAAGGAGAAAGAACAAACCGACAGAGAUGAUUCAAAAAGGAAAGCCCCAGUACUCUUCUCUGCUUCAGGACUAUAUCAAAAGCAAGACUCUGAACAGUAAAAAUUCCACCGCUGGCGCCGGCGCCGAUAUCCAAAGCACCCCCACCCCCACCAGUUCCACCCUCUCCGUCGAAAACCCAUCAACCAAAUUCAACUAUUUCCUCCCGGAUCAACUGUCAGAGUCGAGCUCCCAAUAUUGUGACUCGCCCACAUUGAUUUCUCAAACAUAUGAUGAGGAGCUACUCUUCAUGCAAAACCUUUUUGCAAACCAUUACGAUCAGCCACCUGUUGACAACACUACUAAAGUCACAGCUCAGAUGGUAGCUGAAACAUUUCAUGUCGAUCACUUUAAGGAUUCUUCCACUGACGUUGUGGAAUCCGGUACUGGUCUUGCAUCUUUCACUUCGAACCCAAACUUGCAGAAGAACAACAAACUUCAAACUAUAGAUACUGGUGACCCCGCGACGACCCACUUGCAUUCUGACAUCUACCUCUCGUACCUGCUGAAUGGCACCGCCAAUUCUUUGCUUUCCAAUGAUUACAGCUGCUGCUACGACAACAACAUGAACAUGGACUUGCUGACUAACCAAGCGUACUCCUCGAACGGCAGCAGGAAGGAGAUGGAUUUGAUAGAGUUUGUCGCUUUAAAUUCUCAUUUAUCUCAGGGCAGUAACAGUAGCGUGUUUCUUGCUUAGUGGGCUACAUAAUAAGGUUUGUUGGUUUCCAUCUUCAAGACUAAUUUGGAGAGCCAAUAUACUAACUCUGAAUUGGUGCU